AUGCCGCUGUGGCUGCUGCUGCUGUGUGGAGGGCCCCUGCUUCGGGUUCUGGGCUACCAGCUGGAGCUACAGGAGUCCGUGACUGUCCAGGAGGGCUUGUGUGUCCACGUGCGCUGCAAAUUUUUUUGGCCCUGGUUUAGCUUUGGAUUCAUCUCCAUAUCUUGGUUCCAGAAAGGGGCAGAUGUUUACUACGAUCCUCCAGUGGCCACAAACAAACCAGACAGGAAGCUGCAUGAGAGGACCCAGGGCCGGUUCUUCCUCCUUGGGGACCCCCAGACCGAGGACUGCUCCCUGUACAUCACAGAUGUCAACAUGGGGGACAGUGGGACUUACUUCUUACAUGUCGAAACACACUCCUAUCUAUAUAAUAUGCUUUCUCUGAAUGUGACAGCUCUGACCCACACACCUCACAUCCUUACCCCGGGGACCCUGGAGUCCGGCCGCCCCGGGGACCUGAACUGCUCUGUGCCCUGGGCCUGCGAGCAGGGAAUGUCCCCCAUCUUCUCCUGGACGUCAGCCGCCUUCACCUCCCUGGGUCCCAGGACGCGCCUCUCCUCAGUGCUCACCCUCACCCCACGGCCCCAGGACCACGGCACCAACCUCACCUGUCAAGUGCAAUUCCCUGCAAUUGGUGUGAUGGUGGAAAGGACCAUCCAGCUCAAUGUCACCUAUGCUCCACAGAACACGGCCAUCAGGAUCUUCCAAGGAAACAGAAUAGCCCUAGAGAUUCUGCAAAACACCUCAUCCCUUCUCAUCAGGGAGGGCCAGGACCUGCGGCUGCUCUGUGCUGCUGCCGGCAACCCCCCCGCCGAGCUGAGCUGGUUCCGGGGGUCCCCUGCCCUGAAUGCCACCCCCAUGUACAGGACCCACAUCCUGGAACUGCCUCAAGUCGGGGCUGCGGAGGAAGGAGUCCUCACCUGCCGAGCUCAGAACUCGCUGGGCUCCCAGCACGUCUCCCUGCUUCUCUCUGUGGUCUGCCCCCCGCGGCUGCUCGGCCCCUCCUGCUCCUGGGAGGGCGAGGCGCUGGGCUGCACCUGCUCCGCCCGAGCCCGGCCGGCCCCCACCCUGAGCUGGCGGCUGGGGGAGGGGCUGCUGGAGAAAAACCACAGCGACGCUUCCUUGACCGUCACCUCCAGCUCCGAGGGGCCCUGGGCCAACAGCUCCCUGAGCCUCAGGGGACCGCUGGGCUCUGGUCUCAGACUCAGCUGCGAGGCCCGGAAUGCACAUGGGGAACAGAGCGCCGCGGUCCUGCCGUUGCCAGAUAAGCCAGAACCCAGGGCCAGUGGCGUCCUGGGAGCCGUCGGGGGAGCGGGCAUCAUGACCCUGCUACUUUCUCUCUGCCUUUGUCUCAUCUUCAGAGUGAAGACCCUCAGGAAGAGAGCAGCCCAGCCAGUACAAAUCGUGGAUUUGAACUCAGCCGGUGACUCAGGCUCUGGGGCGCAUCGGCACCGGGUCUGGACAGACAUCCCUGCAGACCCCCCAGCUCCUGCUGGGACCAGCCCCGUUUCAGGAGAAGAACAGGAACUCCACUAUGCUUUCCUCCGAUUUCCCAAGCUGAAGCCUCGGGAACAGGAAGGCAUCAACACCGAGUACUCAGAGAUCAAGACAUACAAGUGA